AUGGAGAAAAAGCCGGAAACGGCGUCUCCCGCACAGUCCGAAGCGAAGGCCUCGGACAAGAAGACUCCUCGCAAGACUCCCGAGUGGGUUUCUCUCUACAACAAAGCGAAAGCCGAAUUCAACGCGGGCAAAUACGAAGAAGCCCUCGCUCUGUUCACGCAAGCGAUCGAUUCCUCCCCGUCUGGCAAUUCCCAGCUGAAAACGCUGCUCUACUCCCGCGCCUCCUGCCUUAAAAAGCUGAACCGCGUCGAGGAGAGUCUCUCCGAGUACACCAAGUGCAUCGAUCUGGACCCGAAGUACCGUCGCGCCUACAUGGCUCGUGCGGGUCUCUACAAGGCGCAGGGCGACCUGGAGAACUCGCUCCGCGACUUCUCCUUCGAGUACCUCCUCGAAACCAUCGAGGCGGGCGACCUGCAGCCCACGCCGCAGGACUUCGAGGAGGUGGUGCAGGAGCUGGCUGCGCGGCAUUGCCAGGCGGAGAUCGACCGUCGCUACGCGUCGUCCUUCGCGUUCUCGCUGCCGUCGGCGCAGUUCAUGACGCUGUACUUCCUCACGCUGCGCAGCGAGCGUGCGGCGCAGUACAACACGCUGAAGCUCUCCGAGGAGGAGCUUUCGAAGCGGAUCGAGGCGGGAGAGGCCGCGGAGCCGUCGCUGGGCGACUUGUAUUUGAUGCGAGGCGGGCUGCGGAAGAGCAAGGGCGCGUUCGAGGCGGCGUAUGCGGACUUCUGCGAGGCGGCGAAGGAGGAGGCGAAGUGCAGCGAUCGGAGCCACGCGCUGCUGGAGAAGGCGACGUUCCUGACGCUGUCGGGGGACCAGAGAGAGGCGCGGAAGAUUUUCGAGGCGCUGUUCGAGGCGGGCAUGCGCGAGGUGAAUCUGCUGGUGAAGUUCGCGUCGUGUCUGCUGGAGCUGGGCGAGGAGACGCGCGCGCACGAGCUGUUCGAUGAGGCGGUGAGCGCGUUCCCGAAGGAGGUGGACGCGUGGUUCCACCGCGGACAGAUGCGGCUGGUCGAGGGGGAGCUGAAGAAGGCGCGGGAGGAUCUGCAGCGCGUGGUGAAGCUGAAUCUGAACCACGAGAUGGCGUUCGUGCAGCUGGGCUUCUGCUUCGCGCAGGAGCAGCGGUUCGACAUGGCGAUCGAGAACAUGAAGCGCGCCGUGUCGUGCCAGGGCUGUCCCGCCGCGGUGUUCGUGCAUUACGGCGAGCUGAUGAACAUGAUGACGCGGCUCGGCGAGGCGGAGGAGCUGUUCAAGAAGGCGGUCGCGAGGGACAAGACGUGGCCGUACAGCUACGUGAACCUGGCGACGCUGGAGCUGCAGGCGCGAAACGACUACAUGAAGGCGUUCGAGUAUCUGGACAAGGCGAUCCAGAUGGACGGGAGCUGCGUGGCGGCGUUCGUGCAGCGAGCACAGCUGUAUAUGCUGAUGCAGGAGAACGCGAAGGCGAGCGAGGAUCUGGAGAAGGCGAUGGCGCAGUGCCGGACGAGCAGCGACUUGAAGCAGGUGUGCGGAAUGAAGAUCUCGCUGCAGUUCCAGACGGAGGCGCUGGACAAGUUCCAGCAGCUGACCAAGGCGGAGGCGGUUUAGGCGUUUUAAACAAGCUCGAGGAGGAGAGGGGAGUCUUCGUGGCGGGUAUCUCUGCUUGUCUGUUUGUUUGUUUGCUUACU